AUGUCAUCAAAUAAUAAUUCCUUUGAAAAAGGAGGUCUUGUAGGAUAUUUUAAAUCAUAUUUCACACCAGAACAGAAAAAAGAUGAUAAAUCAUCAACAAAUAUUAAAGAAUCACCAAAUUUACAAGAAAGCUCAACAGAAACAACAACAACAACAGAUUUAAAUAGUGGUACAGAUAAACCAACAUUGACCGAUGCACAGGCAGAGAAGAAAAAGAAGGCGUUGGAACAAUAUGCAAUUCUGAAGCGUUACGAAGAGUUGGAAAAUAGAAAAGGUAUGAUGAUGCAGGUUGCCCAAGAGGUACCGAGUGUCAUCGAUAACAAUAUAGAUAGAGAGCGUUACUCGAGGAUGUACUUGGGUGAGCAACACACAGAGAAUCCCGACAAGUCGUUGUGGUUGGCAGGCGCACUCUCUGGUGGCACCGGUUUUCUCAUUGCAAAUUCCUUCAUGAAAUCGAAUCCCAUUCGUGGACUGCGAGUGUUUGUUAUCUUUUCAUCUUCUUUCGCAGCCGGCUACUACGGAGCACAGACAUAUUACAACGCAAGAAAAACAGAGAUCGAAGACUAUCGUGAGCGUAACGAAGACAUCAUCGACGAACAAAACUUUAUCAAACAAGCUGCAACCAAACAAAUGUACGAAACAAUAUUAUCAAGAAACAUGAAACUCAUAGAUAGUGAAAUAGAAAAACUUAAUCAUCCUCAUAAGAAUACUGAUUUAUCAGAAUAA